UAAACAUUCAAACUUAUGAAUAAACAUAGCUUGAGUAAAAAAUAUUCUAAAGGAUACAUUUUAAGGAAUAGCAGUUAAAAAUAUAUAAAAACUGAUCUAAUAAAAUACUAAAUAUUUGAAGGCCAUUUCAACAAACAUGAAGACUGAAGGAGCGUCAAUCGUUCCAAAUUUGGAUGAACAAAUAGCCCUGAAACGAGCUUCUCGCAUCGAACAAUUUCUUCAUUCGUCAGGCACGGACUCAUCAAGUAAAAAUGUAAUUCGAAAUCCAUCGGUAGAAGGUAGAACACCGUCUGCUUCAAGUGCUUACGAGUCACAAUUAAAUUCGUAUCAACAUCAUUUAUCGCAACUUGGUCAAGUUUCACAACACAGUCGAGAAUCUUCUGCAUUCAUGCCAGUAUUGCCCUCACGUUCAAUGCGUCAAGGACUGUAUCCAGGUGUGUUAGAUUCUCCGGAUGCAAAGGAAAAACGCAACAAUUCCGGAUUUGAACUUGUAGCUCUAAUGGCUGACAAUAAACGAAAGGAAUUGGCGUUGCGAGAAGCAGCUGCUAUGCUACUUCCCCGUUCAAACGCUCCUCCUGUAACAAAUCCAACAAUUUAUCCAUCGCCCUUUCUUCAGCAACCGUCGCCAACAGGUCCUGCAGCAUUUACAUUUCCAACUUCUGUUGGAUUAUAUCCUCCGGGCCUUGCUCCUGGAAUGCAUCCCGGAUUAGAUAGAAGACUAUUAAGAGCUCCUGGAAGAGCGAGUCGACCUAAAAAGCAAUUCAUCUGUAAAUUUUGUAAUCGUCAAUUUACAAAAUCAUAUAAUUUACUAAUUCACGAGAGAACACACACCGAUGAACGCCCAUACUCGUGUGACAUUUGUGGUAAAGCAUUCCGUCGUCAAGAUCAUUUGAGAGAUCAUAGAUACAUUCAUUCCAAGGAAAAACCAUUCAAAUGUGGAGAAUGCGGCAAAGGUUUUUGUCAAUCACGAACAUUGGCUGUUCACAAAAUUUUGCACAUGGAAGAAUCGCCGCACAAAUGCCCCGUGUGUAAUCGCAGCUUCAAUCAACGGUCAAAUUUGAAAACGCAUCUUUUGACGCACACAGAUCAUAAGCCCUAUGAGUGCACAUCUUGCGGAAAAGUCUUCCGUCGAAAUUGCGAUCUAAGACGACAUGCAUUAACGCAUGCAGUUGGCGAUGUACCUCCAGAGAGUUUGGAAGAACGAGAAACUGAUAAUAACUUAAGUGACGAAGAAGAAGACACUUUGUUAGAAGUUGACUCGCCUGUUAACUCUCCAAGUGUUGGAAGAUCUUCACCAAAUUCUUUGGAGCCAUCUGUUAGAGAAACGGAGGAUGACGAGGAAAAAUUGGAAACACAAGAAACGGGAGAAAAUCCUGAAGAGAACACAACGGAUGAUACUAACAAGGAAAUCGCUGUUACUCAUUGCCAUCAUGAACGAGAUAACGGUUCGAAAAGUCCUUAUACGAUGCGCCCAACUUCUUCAUAUGACACUUAUCAUCAAACAAUCAAACAUUCGUCUUCCAACAAAUACGCCACGUCAUCAAAUGAACAAAUUGCUGGUCAAACCUUAUCGUCUCCAUCACUUACAUCUACUCCUCAAUCAUCUCCUGAUAUAUUUAUACCAACGUUGCAUGUGAGACGUGACUUGCAUCAAAAAUUGCAGCAAAAUAAUAGCAAUAAUAGUGCAUCGUCGUCGACAGUUUCACAACAGCAACGCAUUACAAGUACAAUGUUAGAGGCUAACUACAUCAAUUCCAUUCCAUUACGUAAACGCCCGAUUGGAUUAGAUGGCGAACCACACCCAAUUAUGCAUCAUCCUCGACAUAAUCUGAUUAGUCAGCAUUUACAUCAGUCAUUGCAAGCGUCAAAACUGAUAGCAGAAGCUGAAGCAAAAGAAAAAGCCGAGCCGAUUCCCGGAACAUCAAUUAUCCCACCGUCGGGUGUUACGACAAAAGCAUCAUCCUCUAACCAACCUAAAAAGACUGGCUUUAGUAUUGAAGACAUCAUGCGACGAUAAAUGGCUCAAAUUAAUGAUCUCUUCUAACAAAUAGCUCUCUAUUAAACAAAGAGGUAUGCAAAUGUAGCUUUCAAACAAAUCAUAACAAUUAUAAUAAUCACUUACAUAUUGAAUAAUAACAAACAUUCAGGUCAAGUCCGAGCAUUCAAGCAUUUCAUUAUCGUUCGCACUUUUUUGCAAUAAACUUUGUUGACGACGUUGACAAUUUUGCAAAUAAGCAUUGAAGAGUUAAAUAAAACUUAGAAUACAAAUUAAUGCUUAAGAUUUUUUAAAAUUCCUUUUAAAAUAUUUUAUUGUACUGCUUUAUAUUAGAGAAAAAAGUAUCUUGAUUUAUGAAUGCAUUUUUUUAUGUUUCUGAAUAAAUUAACUAAGUAAUGAUUCCUCAUAAAAUGCUUGAAACAUUCCUUCAACUAAUUCCUACUCGUGAAACAUAAAAUUUGGCUGAAAACAAGAUUAAAAUAUUCGAACACACU